GCGCGAUGUACAAUACGGUGUGGAGUAUGGACCGCGAUGACGCAGACUGGAGGGAGGUGAUGAUGCCCUAUUCGACAGAACUGAUAUUUUAUAUUGAAAUGGAUCCUCCAGCUCUUCCACCAAAGCCACCUAAGCCAAUGACUUCAGGCAUUUCAAAUGGAAUAAAGGACAGUUCUGUUUCUCUUCAGGAUGCAGAAUGGUACUGGGGGGAUAUUUCAAGGGAGGAGGUAAAUGACAAAUUACGAGACAUGCCAGAUGGUACCUUCUUGGUCAGAGAUGCCUCAACAAAAAUGCAGGGAGAUUACACUUUGACUUUGCGGAAGGGAGGCAAUAAUAAGUUAAUAAAGAUCUAUCAUCGAGAUGGUAAAUAUGGCUUUUCUGAUCCUCUGACCUUUAAUUCUGUGGUGGAGCUCAUUAACCACUAUCAUCACGAAUCUCUGGCUCAGUACAAUCCCAAACUUGAUGUGAAGCUGACGUACCCGGUGUCCAGGUACCAACAGGAUCAGUUGGUAAAAGAAGAUAACAUUGAUGCAGUAGGUAAAAAACUGCAAGAGUACCACUCUCAGUAUCAGGAAAAGAGUAAAGAGUAUGACAGGCUAUAUGAAGAAUAUACCAGAACAUCCCAGGAAAUACAGAUGAAGAGGACUGCAAUUGAAGCUUUUAAUGAAACAAUUAAAAUAUUUGAAGAGCAGUGUCACACACAAGAACAACAUAGCAAAGAAUAUAUUGAGCGAUUUCGCAGAGAGGGGAAUGAAAAGGAAAUUGAACGAAUUAUGAUGAAUUAUGACAAAUUGAAAUCACGUCUGGGUGAGAUUCAUGAUAGUAAAAUGCGUCUAGAGCAGGAUUUGAAGAAACAAGCUUUGGACAACCGGGAAAUAGAUAAAAAAAUGAACAGUAUCAAACCUGACCUGAUCCAGCUGCGCAAGAUCCGAGAUCAGCACCUUGUAUGGCUCAAUCACAAAGGAGUGAGACAGAAGCGCCUAAAUGCCUGGCUGGGAAUCAAGAAUGAGGAUGCUGAUGAGACCUAUUUUAUCAAUGAGGAAGAUGAAAGCCUGCCCCAUUAUGAUGAGAAAACCUGGUUUGUUGAGGAUAUCAAUCGAGUACAAGCAGAGGACUUGCUUUGUGGGAAGCCUGAUGGCGCAUUCUUAAUCCGUGAGAGCAGCAAGGAAGGAUGCUAUGCUUGCUCUGUGGUUGCCGAUGGGGAAGUGAAGCACUGUGUGAUCUACAGCACUGCUCGGGGCUAUGGCUUUGCGGAGCCCUACAACCUGUACAGCUCACUGAAGGAGCUGGUGCUCCAUUACCAGCAGACAUCGCUCGUUCAGCACAACGACUCACUCAACGUCAGGCUUGCCUACCCUGUCCACGCACAGAUGCCCUCGCUCUGCAGAUAAAGAGGGAGUGGGAAGAGCGGUGGCUCUCUAGCAUUUUUUUCUACCGUUUUUAUUAGACUAUGAGGGCAUUCUUUCUACGUAGACUGCUUGUUUUGCACAAGAAGUGAUUCUGUGAAUGUGAAGUGGAGAGGCCGAGCAGCCGCUGGCCAGGACGGGGCACAAGGGGCCUGGGCUUCUCUGGGACUCAGCCGUGCUGCCGCACUGACGUAGGAAACUGGAAGCAGAUGUUGUUUUUGGGCAAGUCUGUUUCAUUGGGGUUCUUGUUUUCUUUGGCCAAGGCACCCUCAACAGAACACAUUAGAUUGGUGGGGGUUGGGGGUUGCACCCGGAGACUCCUGAAGAGUCCAGGUCCUCUUUUGGUCUUCGACUCUGAGAAUGCGGCAGGGGCGCGGCUCUGUCGGGAGUUCUGUUUUGAUCUGGCAGUCUCUCUUCCUCCCAAAAAGAAGGCUGUUUUGGUUCUGUGGUAGAAUGGCAUUUGUGGGAAAGACAACCAAAGGAAAACGGGGACGCUUGGGAUUUCAUUUAGAGAAUCUUAGGCAAGGAGGUGAAAAACCUUCACCUGAAGGUACUUUAUUUCUUGACCAACAUAAUUUAGGCAUCAGCAUUUAGGUAGCUCGUCCCUCUAAAGAAGCAUUAUGUUUAGAAACCAAAUUGAUCCCAGCAAAACAGUGUUUGUUGCCGGACCAAGGUCUGAUGGAAGAAGGCGGCACUAGUAUCUGAACGCACACUUCUGUACCAAAACUUGAAAAGGAAAGGAAACUAGAAUUGAUUAGUUUUAGCAUACACUAAAAUUGGUCAGUGUAACUCAUUCUACCCUGCCCUUGUUUCUCAGAGAUGAGGAAUAGUGUUCUUUUUGUGGGCAUGGUGAGCUUUGAAUCCUAAAAUGAAGUUGGUGCUUGUGUGGUGUUUCCUUAGCCUAAAGAAUGACCUGUUGUUUGAAACCAUUGUAACUUGUUGUAUGAGUAAAGAAAAGGUGCAAUCCAGUGCUUUUAGAUGGCUUGAUAUACCAAAUAAUGACGUAGAACAACAUCCUUAUUAUAUGUGCUUCCCCAAGUUUAAAGGCCCUGCAGAAACAGUAAACAUGGUUUAUUUUCCCCUUAUCUCCUUGUCCUUUGCCAGGUAGGGCUUAGGGUAGCAGUAGUGGCUGAGGCUGUAGCAGGAAGGCAGCUAGAUGGUGGUCAGGGACCUCAGUAGGUCACAGACCCAGGGGCUCUGGUGUCCAGGGCGAGGGUCAUACCGUGUUACCCAUGGGCUUCAUUACAGUGGUUUCUGAAACUUGCAAGGAGAGGAAAGGAUGGCUUGGAGUUUAGACUCUUAGUAGAAACCAUCUGGAAGCUUUUCUCUUUGCCUUUUUUGUGAUCCUGCCAUUAAGAUGAUGUGCACAGACUGUCCUCAUGCUCCAGUGGCCCUGAAUUUAGGCCAGAAAUCUUCUGCUCCGUGUGGUUUGAAGGCUUCCAGCUGAAUGAAGCUGGGCGAAUGGAGUUGGAGGCAGGCAUCUACUCCUACCUCCAUUAUGCACCACCCCCAUUAGUCAACACUCGUUUGACAAAAAGAGUCCAGCUGCCUCUGAGCCAAUCCUGGAACCAUAAUAGGCUCGGAGUGAGUCAGCUGUUUGAGUCCAAAGCUGUGCAGUCAGGCAUCCUGGCCGAGCUAGAGAAGAAGCCAAUAUCUGGAUCUUGGUGCAUAAGGCUUCCAGCUAGGAAAGCUCUAGUUUGGGGGAUGAAAGAAACAAAUAUAGCUUUCCCUGAGCACUUAUCUUGGUGACAGGGUCUAGAAUGGACCAUGACAUAGAAAUAGACAUUGAUUAAAAUUUUUGGAAAAACCUCCAGAUUUACUAACAGGAUCGGAAGGAAAGGGCAUAUCUUUGGCUUUUCCUUGGUUAUGUUGAAGUUUCAGGUUGGAGUCAGGCAGACAAAUGAACCCCCCUCCAGUGUCACUGUUCUGACUUAAGCCCUUAACUGAAAGUCAUCCAUCUGCACAUUCCUUGCCCAAAUUGUCAGACUGAAAUCUUGCUGCAAGUUUUGCUCAGCAAUGCCAGGUGGAUCGCUGCUUGGCACACCUGGACGGCCUUGCCCCUGGUGUUGGACCUGCUUAAGCAGUUGGGUGCAAGGAAUGCCUCCUUUCUGGUUCUAAAAUUUAGUGUGUUUUAAAUGUCUCAUCUAAAGUAAAUGAAAGUGAGAAUAAGGAUACACGCCUGUAACAUGGAACCCCGUGCUGCUCCUUGUCAGGCGGACGCUGAGUGUGCAGGGAGAGAGCUAGCGCCGUCUCUUGUCUACACUUGGGCUGGCCUGUGGAGAAGAGCUGCUCUUUUUUAGUCCUACAUUCCUUCACUUUUUGUUUCUCUCUCGUUUUUCAUCCUUGAAUUUGUUACUUUGUGGGAACUGAGACAUAGGAUCAUUUGAGAGGUUGGAAAGUGUCUUUUCUGACUAGGUGCCACAUGGUUUGCCUGAUCCUGAGCCCAUGGAGGUGGCACAGGGACCAGUCUACUACAGCUCUUUUACGCAGUGGUCUUGGCCCCGUUCUUCUGAGUCUAGCUCUGUGUCCUGUCCCGUGAUCUGGGCCCUGGGAUUCUCUCUCUCGGCAUCUUAACUGCAGCCUCACGGAGGCAGAGAGUAAAGAGACCAAGACCAGAGGGGCUUAUUGUUUUCCUGGCUAGAGAAACCAGCCACCAACAUGGAAGCAGCUUUGGGCUGGCUGGACACAGGUCCUAGGCCCAUCUUUCUAGAUGGAGCUUUCAUCACAGAACAAUGCUUUGUCCCCACCUGGCCAUAGAUGCGAAACCUUGGCCAUGGCUCAGGCCAGUAUAGGCUAGCUGUGUCCUUACCACUGAUUUGGCCAAGGCUGAAGACUUCCUAAUACCUCCCCUAUCCGGUCUCCUAUCCUUGAUAGGACCUCCCACUUAUUUUGGACCUCAUGUGCUCUGAAGAAGCUUUGAGAGCCAAUGUGGUGUCUUCCAUGGGUCCCCUCUUCUUGCUGCAAGGAACAGACCUCAUGGGUCCUCUUGGGCCAAGAAUUGCAUCUGGGCAAUUCCUGGUUUUCAAGGUGGGCUCUGUUGCCAGUUAAGACUCCAGUGUAGGCCUCUGUGAGGCUUCAGUGGCCUCAAAGCAGAGGGUGCACAUGGGGGCCUGGCUGGGCCCUGUGCCGCCAACUGCUCAGCCUUGCUCUAGCUCCAGCCACUUGUGACAAACAACCUUGUUUCCUUACAAAUUCCAGCAUGUGACUUUGGUGCCCUGUUGUUACUUGUGAAAAACCUAUUCUUCUGUUGUCUUUGAUGUAGUCAAAAAAAUUCAUGUAGUUUACGUAAAAAUAUCUGAUUCACAAGGAAGCCAACUAUAUGUCUUGUGUUGGGACAGUUCAUAAUGUAGUUCCUAGACCACUUUUGCAAAUUGUCUUGUCACCAGAUGUGUUCAGACAUUGCUGUGCAGUUGUGGGGGAGGGUGGGGGGAAGGUGCGGGGAGAUACUUUUUGGUCUUUUUGUUUUUUACCUUCCC